CUCUCUCAAGUACUUUUUCUUAUGAAUUUGUCUCUAGUUGUGUGAGUGAUCAAUGGGUCAUUUGGGAGAGGGAAUUGAAAAAUGUAGGAUUUGGGUUCAAAUUCCUAGAGAGAUGGGAUUUGGACUCAAAACAUGGGAAUUGAAAAAGACAGGGCCGGUAUGUGUUUUCCAAUUCCCACAAAAUUUGGGAAUUUGAAACCAUAUCUCCAUUCCCAGGCAAGCCAGAAAUGAGUUUUUGUGUCUUUAGUUGUUGUUUGGGUAGCUGAAUGUGGCCAUAGGAAGUAACCUCAUUUCCUUAGAAUGAUGAAUUAUCGCACAUUCCAUUGUUUGGAUGUCCAUUUCAAGUCAAUCGUUAAAUUAGAAACAAGGGGAAUUGUGUUUGUGCAUUUUAAGUGAAAUUCAUCAGCUACAUUCCGCGCAUCUCAUUUUCCGUGGUACGUUGACAUUUUGAAAUUCGACAAUGUGCCACCGAAACAACACUCCGGAGAUCUUGGUUCCAAACAACUAGAUGCUCAUCUGAAGUUCAACAUGCUUAUUUAUUCUAGUCGUUAUUUGAUAUGCUUAUUUAUUGUGUUGGUGGAUCUUGUUCUGCUCUUUUUACUUUCCUGCUUUUGUGAACCUCUAAACGCAGGCAAGGGAUUCAGUCACUCGGUUAUCAACAUCUGUAGGGGGAAAGCAGCAAACCACAGUAUUAUGGUGGUAAGUUUUGCCGGCACAUUUUCUGGGUUGCAAGAAGCUGAGAAGCUUCACAGACUCUACGCUGAGAAUGGACACGGGAGAUCCGGGUUACAAGGAGUCAGCAGGGAUAGCGGCAGCAGGGAAGGCGACAGCAGGGAUGGCGGCAUCAGGGAAGGCGACAGCAGGGAAGGCAACAGCACGGAUGGCGACAUCAGGGAAGGCGAGGACGCUGUAUUAGGCACUCUAGCGGACGCGGUGGAAGCAGUUCUAUAUGGGUAUUUGGGGAUAGCAUGCGACUUGGAUAAGCUAGACUUUGAUAUGAAGAAGAGAUGUGUGGUGAAGAGCAAAAAGGAGAUCGACGCAAUUGCAGAUGCCCCCGUCGGGGGUUAAGCAAAGGUUAAACUAGACUUCUCUUAUCAUUUUGGUCUGUGCAAUGCCCCUCGUAUGGUAACUCGGUAAGUACGCAGGAUACGCAUCUGACAGUCAGUCAAGUCGAUAACUUUGGUUUGACUGGCAAAGUAGAAUGGGUGGAAGAGUUUAUAUGAUUGUCUCUGCCACCACCUAUGCAUUUUGGCAUUUACCGGAGAGAUAGAGGAGAAAUAGAUUUGAAGAACACUGAUGUUACUCGCGAUCUUUGCUUGUUAGGUGUUUGUUUAGUUUUAGAAGGCGGUAUCGAGAACUUUUGGGGAGAAUCGAAAAGGGAUCAAUCAAUGUGCUUUCUUGGAUGGGUUACCUCAGACUUGUGACGGGUGAUGGGAGAUUGGGAAGAAGGGUGUGGCGCCGGCUUUCUCAAUGUUCAGUUUGCUUGAUUGAAGUCUCUAACAGAAUGGAGCUCUGCAGAAAGUCUGCAUUUUGUGUAUGGGGAAUGAGAAGACCACAAUUUUGUUGUAGUACCCAGAACUUGUGAGGGAAUCUUUACGGACCUCAUUUUGUAGAUACCUUUUGCCCUUUUCUUUUGCUCUUCUUCAGCCCUACGACAUCGGGAAUCACCCCUUUGCUCUUGUUAAUACUUAAUACGUCCGUCAAUAUUAGGUUGAAAGAAUUAGAGCUGGAAACUAAUCCUACUUUUCAUUCUGUGCAAUUUCAUACGUAGUAUAUUCUUGUAAGUAUCCGAGACUCUCAUUGCGAACGAAAUUGAGUUCGCAUGCCGUCGAUCAGAAACUAUAAUCGUAUGGCGAAUCUCCCUCUUUCCGAAUCCACCAAAACCAGACCAGCUCUGUGUUUAAGUAUAUGGAGUCUAACUGAAGCAACAGCUCAAGGAAAGUUGCAGGAGGCAACAGGCUCCUGACAGUUCAACACCUAUCUUAAGAACUAAUAAAUUAAGCAUUUUUCUAUUUGAACAAGACGCAGUUUUUCCGCCCAAAUCGACCAUUGCUAGACUUCAUCGUUGGUGAAGAGUACCCUAAUGCUAAAUCUGUGAUUCAAUGCCUUCAAAAUUAAAAGAAAAUGAUAUUUCCAAAAAAUCGCCCGAAAUCGGUGAUGGUACCCCUUUGGAAUUUGGCAAAAAUUGCCCGGGAAAUUUUCUGCCCGAAUCGGUGUUUAAUAGACUUAUUCAUCCCUAAAGAAUAGCCUCAACCUGAAUCCGUGAUCUGCACCCUUCAAAAUCGAAGGAGAAUGGCCUUUCGAAUAAAAAUUACGAAAAUGCCCUUAAAAAAAAUCGACCAAAUUUCCGUCCAAAUCGGUCAUUACUAGACUUCAUCGUAGGUGAAGAGUACCCUAAGGCCGAAUCUGUGAUCUAUAGCUUUCAAAAUCCAAGGAAAAUGGCAUGUCCAAAAAAUCGCACGAAAUCGAUGAUGGUACCCUUUGGAAUCUGGCAAAAAUUGCUCCGAAACUUUUCUCCCAGAUUCGGUAUUUAAUAGACUUGUUCAUCCCUAAAAAAUAGACUCAGGCUGAAUCCGUGAUCUGCACCCUUCAAAAUCGAAGGAAAAUAGUCUUUCGAAAAAAUCGACUAAAAAUUACGAAAAUGCUCUCCGGAAAAAUUUGACCGAAUUUCUGCCCAAACCGGGCAUUGCUAGACUUUAUUGUUGGUGGAGAGUACCCUAAGGCCGAAUCUGUGAUCCAUCGCCUUCAAAAUCCAAGAAAAAUGGCAUGUCAAAAAAAUCGUUCAAAAUCGGUGGUGGUACACAUUUGGAAUAUUUCAAAAACUGCCCCGGAAAUUUUCUGAUCGAAUCAGUGUAUAAUCGACUUUGUGAUCUAUAAACAUCAUAAUUGAAGGAAAAUGGCAUUUUGAAAAAAUCGCCGAAAAAUUAUGAAAAUGCCCUCCGGAAAAAUUCGACCAAAUUUUCGCCCAAAUCGGUCAUUGCUCGACUUCAUCGUUGGUGGAGAGUACCAUAAGGCCGAAUCUGUGAUCCAUCGCCUUCAAAAUCCAAGAAAAAUUACAUUUCCAA